AUGCAGUUAGACAUGUUUGUUAAUGAGAUCUCGGCUCUAAAACAAAAUCGCCUGGUACCGAAGAACAGUCCGCUCUUCGUUCUCAAUCUUUAUAUGGACAAGGAUGGACUUAUUCGUAUUCGAGGAAGACUUCGUCGAGCUUGUCUCCCUGAAGCGACGAGGAAUCUCAUCAUCUUACGCGCGCAUCCGCUGUUAGUACUCAUUAUCCAUCAUCUUAGAAUGUUGCAUGUCGGUUCUCAAUUAACGCUCGCGUCAUUGCAACACGAAUUCUGGAUUCUCCGAGCCCGCACCAUCAUUCGAUCCGUUUUUUAUAAGUGCAUACCAUGCACGCGUGAACGCGCCGACGUGCCCAUCGAAUUCAUGAGUGACUUCCAGGCUGCAAGAGUCAACCGCACCGCUCGUGCUUUUGUCCAUACCGGCGUCGAUUACGCAGAUCCGAUAACUAUCCAAACAACUGCCGGUCGAGAGUAUAAAUCGCAAAAAGCCUAUAUCGCUUUAUUCAUAUGUCUCACUACCAAAGCUCUGCACUUAGAGCUCGUCAGCGAUUAUACCUCUCCUAUCGUAGCAGAGUAUCAACGAUUUAUUUCUCACCGAGGACUACCGACGUCCAUGUAUUCCGAUAACGAAACCACGUUUCACGGCGCCGAUAGCAAAUUGUCCAAAGCACAUGCAAAAGCCAUUCGCGAUCCUAACUUCCGCAACCAACUCACUAUCGACGGAACUGCGUGGCAUUUUCUACUCCCUGCGUCGCCGCACUUCGGCGGCCGCAGUUAG